AUGUCAAAAGUGGUCCGUAAUAUUUGUGAUAGAUUUGAAAUUGUCCUGGCAUCGUCUUCUCCUAGGCGAUACGAAAUCGUUACGGAAGUUAUGGGGUUCGUGGACGUCAAAUUGAUGAAGCCCUCUUUUGAAGAGAAUCUUGAUAAAUCGCUGUACGUGGGGAAUCCAGUGGGUUAUGUUCACGAUACUAGCAAAGCUAAGGCGUUGGGAAUUGUGGAAGACCUGAAAAAACAGAUUGAGGGCGAGGCCAAGAAGCCCAAGCUUGUUAUUUGCGCAGAUACGGUCGUGAUAGAUGGCGAUAACAACAUAUACGAGAAACCCCAGGUGGCCCGAAAACAGAUGAGUAACCUCCUCAACUUUCGCGAUGGCGACGAUCCUGUAAGAGUUGCGACUAGUGUGACUCUGAUUAAUUGGCGAGGUUCCGAGGAUUAUACGUUCGAGCAGUUCGAGGAGAUAUCGGAGGUCCACUUCGACCCUGAGUUUCCUUUGGCCGUGGUAGAGGACUAUGUGGACUCAAGAGACGCACUGGAUGUGGCCGGUGGCUUUAAGGUGCAAAGUUUUGGCGGGGCCAUGAUCAGCAAGAUCAACGGCGACUUUUUCAAUGUGGUUGGCCUCCCAUUGAAUAAGACUUUCAAAGCUAUCUACGCAGCGGCUUUUCCUUCGGAAUAG